AUGACAUUUAACUUGUUUUGCAGACAUUUUGCUCAGAUGGAUUUGGCAGAAGCAGACCCGGAAAUAAUGGCCCUGUGCCGCGCUGAAAGACAGCGACAAUUUUGCGGUUUGGAAAUGAUUGCCUCAGAAAACUUUGUCAGUCGAGCUGUCUUGCAGGCCUUAUCUUCAUCCUUCCAUAAUAAGUACUCUGAGGGACAAGUUGGUUCCAGAUACUACGGCGGAAAUGAGGUGGUGGAUGUCAUGGAACUUCUGUGUCAAAAUCGCGCUCUCUCGCUGUUUGGUCUCGAUCCGACCGAAUGGGGUGUGAAUGUACAACCGCACAGCGGUUCGCCCGCCAAUUUCGCUGUCCUCACUGCCCUCGCCGGGCCACAUGGUCGCAUUAUGGGAUUGGAUCUACCCGACGGUGGCCACCUAACACAUGGGUUUCAGGCACCUUCUGGGAAGAAGGUGUCUGCAACCUCUUUGUUCUUUGAAUCGGUGCCGUACAAAGUGGACCCGGACACUGGUCUGAUCGAUUACGAUGCGUUGCAAAAGACCGCACGCCUUUUUCGCCCGAAGAUAAUCAUAGCCGGAACCAGUGCUUAUUCGCGUUGGCUGGACUACGCUCGUUUUCGUGAGAUAGCGGACUCCGUCUCAGCCAUCUUGUUUGCGGAUAUGGCACACAUCAGUGGUCUUGUCGCAUGCGGAUUGCAUCCGUCUCCCUUCGAGUACUGUGACGUCGUAACGACAACAACGCAUAAGACACUUCGUGGUCCACGCGCUGCCCUAAUCUUCUACCGUAAAUUGUCUCGUUCCAAACCGAUCGCGAACAAGAAGCAGGACGCACCGGCUGCAAACGGCGCCGCCACCGACUUUGAACGCCUCAUCAACGAAGCUGUGUUUCCAGGCCUUCAAGGAGGUCCACAUAACAACAGCAUUGCAGCCAUCGCUGUCGCUCUAAAGGAGGCAUCUUCAUCGGAGUUCAAAGUAUAUCAGCAGCAAGUACUGACCAAUAUGCAUCAGUUCUGCACUUCACUGAUGCAAUACGGCUACAAGUUAGUCACCGAUGGUUCCGACACACACUUGUGUUUACUCGAUCUUCGCCCAAACGGUUUGGACGGUGUACGUGUGGAGAAAGUGUUGGAACAGGUCGGAAUCGCGGUGAACAAAAACACUUGCCCUGGGGACUUGAAUGCACUUCGCCCUGGUGGUAUCCGUUUUGGAAGCCCGGCUCUGACUACCCGCGGUCUCACGGAACCCGACUUUGUGUACGUCGCCUCUCUGAUUCACGAGGCCAUUCAGCUGACUCACAAAGUGAAACAGCUGACGACAUCCAAUUUACUCAAGGAUUUCUUGACUUGCCUGAAAAAGGACCAGGCUAUUCAAGAGGAAGUGACAGCGUUGAAGGAGAAGGUAAUAGAGUUCGCAACGAAAUUCCCGCUUCCAGGAAUGGAUUAUUAGGAUUUUUUGAAAUAUAGUGACUGUCUUCGUACCUUC